UCGACUCUAUCUUGACUCUAUACACCUUUUCAAUCGCUCUCCGUUUCGUUGAAAGCAACAUACAAGUAUAGAAAUAUUGUUUAAAAUUUAAAUAAAACCCAAGCUAUGAAAAUAAGCCUACAACAAUGUCGGUAUCUAAACAAACCGGACAAUCCUCGCAAUCUAAGCGAGGUGGUCGAUCAUCCAACGAAUCUAAACGAGGAGACAGAGAUAGUAAAGACAGCAAUCUUGAUAAUAUAAGUGAUCGUGAGUCCGACGUAAAAGGAGAAGAAGAGGCCGGCACUGAGGUGCUGCCAGCUACAGAUGUCACCAUCUAUAAUGCCUACAAUAUGGGCCCAGCUUUUGGAAAGAAAUUCCCAGUGCCAUAUAUCAUAUUUAUUCUGAAUCAAAUGACCCAAGAGAGGCUGGCCAACAAGGUCUACAGUGCGGAGGAGGCUAUGAAAUGGACUCGCGAUCUUGCCGACGAUAUUAAUCUCAAGUUUAAGGGAAGCGGCUCCUUUCCGCGCUUCAAGCACGUGGUGAACGUGAUGCUCUACCAGCAGACCGGUGCAGGAUGCUGCUACGGAGCCCGAGCCAUCUGGGACCCGCUAUCUGAUGAUUAUGGAAAGUUUACCUAUGACGGCGGCAGUUUCGUGUGCAUUAUCAGUGUUUUUGGUUGUUAUCAGUAUUGACCGGCAAAUGAAGGCAUUUCAAUAAAGCUUCAAAUUGAAAAAUA